AUGCAUCAGGAGAACUGGACAGUGGUGACUGAGUUUUAUUUCUCUGAUUUCCCUCCGUUUGAGAAUGGCAGCCUCUUAUUCUUCAUUCCUUUGCUCUUUAUUUAUGUGUUCAUUAUUGUCGGAAAUUUCAUGAUCUUCCUUGCCGUCCAGCUGGAUACCCGUCUCCACAAUCCCAUGUACAGUUUCAUCAGCAUCUUCUCCUUCCUGGAGAUUUGGUAUACCACGGCGACCAUCCCCAAGAUGCUCUCCAACCUUGUCAGUAAUGAGAAGACUAUUUCUUUCCUUGGCUGCCUCCUGCAGGUGUAUUUUUUCCACUCUCUUGGGGUCACAGAAGGCCUGGUCCUCACAGCAAUGGCCAUUGACAGGUAUGUUGCCAUCUGCCAGCCUCUCCGCUAUGCAACCGUUAUGACCCCUCGAUUAUGCCUCCAGCUCUCCACGGGCUCUGGAAUCUUCGGCUUCCUUGUGCUACUGCCCGAGAUUGUGUGGAUUUCUACCCUUCCCUUCUGUGGUCCCAGCCAAAUUCAUCAACUCUUCUGUGACUCUGAACCCGUGUUGAGCUUGGCCUGUACGAACACAUCCGUGAUUCUGGUUGAAGAUGUGAUUCAUGCUAUUUCCAUCAUGAUUUCUGUCUCUAUUAUCACCCUUUCUUAUUUAAGAAUCAUCACCGUGAUCCUGAGCAUUCCCUCUGCUAAGAGCCGUCGGAAGGCAUUCUCCACUUGUGCCGCCCACAUUACUAUUUUCUUCCUGUUUUUUGGCAGCGUGACCCUCAUGUACCUGCGCUUCUCUGUCACUUUCCCACCAUUACUGGACAAGGCCAUUGCGCUGAUGUUCACUGUCCUUGCCCCACUUUUCAACCCGAUAAUCUACAGUCUGAGGAACAAAGACAUGAAAAAUGCCAUCAAGAAAAUGCUCUGCUCUCAAAACACGUUCAGUGUUUCUGGGAGCCAAUGA